AUGAAACCUCGCCCGGACUUGCUCACCGAACUCGAGCCGUCACCGGUGAAGCAUGUCACAUCGGCUUUGGGGCAGCGAGCAGAGGUGAAAGGCAUGGGGAAGGCCAUGUUCAAGGGUGCUGAUGGGAAGAUGGUGGGCCUCAAGAACGUGCUUUGGGUGCCCAGCCUUGCUGCAAACCUGAUUUCCGUGCGGCGGUUGGCAAAGGCCGGCAUGGACACGAACUCGAAGGGAGCCAAGACCUACACCGCAAGGCUUGGCGAUCGAAUUCUUUGGGACCUUCAUGAGGACAUGGAUGUCUACAACGAGAUGUGGCAGAUCCCAGUGGUCCCUAUGCCUAAGGAGAGGCAAGUGGCAGCAAGCAUCAGCACCAAGGAUGGAGCGGUCGGUAGCGACGAUGGCGCGAACGGUCGCGCUAAGGAGAAUGAGCUCAAGAAGAGCAAACCUGGAGGGACCAGCAAGUUCAGUGAACCUAAGGAGAGUGGUGCAGCAACCAAGGAGCAGCAAAAGGGUGAGGAGAACCCCAAGGCAGCAGCGGAGGAGGACUACGGAGAGAGUAUGUGGGGCGCUAUUGCGAGCGCGGCAUUCUCCAAUCCAACUUCGGCUACGGGGGAGUGUGAUUGGCUCACCUUGCAUCGGCGCAUGGGGCAUGUGGCCCUGCCCAUCUUGCAGCAGCUAGUGAAGAAUGAGAUGGUUGCUGGCAUACGUGUGAAGGGGGAGCCCGAUGAGGUGCUUGGCUGCCCGAUGUGCAUUCAAGCCAAGUUCACCCGGUUUCCGUUCCCUAGUUCGGAGGCAACGGCAAAGGCACCGCUUGAUGAGGUGGUGAUGGACGUGGUGGGCCCCCUGAAGCUUGGAGCUGCUGGAGCUGAGUAUUUUCUCACCAUUGUCGACGUCUACACCCGCAUGACUUGGGUGUAUGUGCUGGCCAAGAAGAGCGACGUGGCUGAAACGUUGAAGACGGAUUGGUUCCCGAUGGUGGAGCGGCAACAAGACAGUCUAGUCAAGUCAAUCCGCACCGAUCGAGGGGGAGAGUUCCUGAGCAAGGAGUUUGGGUUGUGGCUGAAAAAGAAUGGUAUUCGGCACUCCCUCACCAUGCCAUACUCCCCUGCAAUGAACGGCAUCGCCGAAGCCUUGACUCAUGUGGGAGCAGACAAAUGGGUGCCCUAUGUGGAGUGGCUAGGAAGGAAGCCAAAGGUGGAUAUGCUUCGGGUGUUCGGGUGCAUGUGCAUGGCGCUCGUGCCUAAGCAUCUUCGGCACAACAAGCUUGGUGCCAAGGCGGUGUGGGCCGUGCACUUGGGCAUGGCUCAAAACAGCAAGGGAUGGCUUCUUUGGGACCCAUUCACCAAGAAGUCCUUGGUGAGCAGGGACUGCAAGUUCAUGGAGAACUUCAUGUACAAGGAUUGGAAGGCGGAGAAUGAGGCGAAGAUAGGCGUGCGGUUUGGGGAGGUGAAGAGUUCCGGUUUGGAGCAUGUGGAGCUGCCUUUGGAGCUGAGCAGCGGCAGCACAACCACAAGGCAAUCCUCCCUUGUGAAUGGGGGAGAGGAGGCCAAUGAUGCAGAGGAAGAAGAGGAGGAGGUGCAGCAAGUGAGCGAGCGUGCACCGUCACUCCCUUCCCGUACUACGAGUGCUCCACGGAUUCGAGCCACACCGCAGCAACGCCAAGGCCUUCAAGUCCCUGCAGCUGAGGAGGAAGGAAGGGGGAAGAGGAGAGUUCAACCCCCUAAUAGGCUGACCUAUGAUGCACCGGGAAAGCAGGGCAAGACAGCCCUGGCCGGAGCGGCAAUGAUGGUCGGAGACGACGAGGAGAGUGACUACGAGGAGUGUGCCUUCGCGUUCUUCUCUCCGGUGGAGACGCCGGGAGAACCAGCAACUCUCAAGGAGGCUUUGGAGAGUAGUGAUGCUGAGGAGUGGAAGAAGGCCAUGGAGAGUGAGCUGAAGAGCAUCGAGGAGAAUGACACGUUUGAAUUGGUGGAGCUACCGGAGGGGCGUACGGCGAUAACGUCCAAGUGGCUCUUCAAAAUCAAGUCGGAUGCCGACGGCAAGAUCGAGCGCUACAAGUCUAGGCUUGUAGCCAAGGGGUACCAGCAGAAGGAGAAGGUGGACUUCAAGGAGCUGUUUGCCCCUGUGGUGAAGCCGACGACGCUGCGAACCCUAUUCGCGGGAGCCGCCAUCAAAGGAUGGGUAGUAAAACAAAUGGACAUCGUAACGGCAUUCCUUAACGGCAUCCUUGAGGAGGAGAUUUUUAUGGCGCAGCCAGAGGGGUUUGAUGAUGGUAGUGGCAGAGUGUGGAAGCUGAAGAAGGCCCUCUAUGGGCUGAAGCAGGCCCCUAGGCAAUGGUACGUGAAGCUGCGCGAAGUGUUGGAGGGGAUCGGCUUCACUCCCUCAACGGCCGAUCACUCCUUGUUCAUGCUUGGCGAGGGGGAGCAGAGGAGCUUCAUGGUGGUGUACGUGGACGACAUCCUGAUCUUCUCACCCUCUCCUGACCUUGUGAAGGAGGUGAUGCUGAAGCUUCAAGACAAGUUCAAGUGCAAGUCCCUUGGUGACGUGAACUUCUACUUUGGGCUCCACAUCGAACGAGACGUGGAGAAGCGGAGCAUGCGAGUGCACCAACGAAAGUACCUGGAGGCGUUGGCUGCCAACUUCGGCCAGAUAAAAGGUCAUGUGGCUACUCCCUUUCCCUCUGGGUUCAAGUGUGUGAAGGGGCCAGAGGAGGAGAGUGUUGGAGAAGAGGAGAGGCGCCGAUUUCACUCGUUGGUGGGCAGCCUCAUGUAUGCGGCGGUAAACACCCGACCGGACGUCGCGUUUGCUACCGGGCAGCUGGCUAGGGUUGUGCAAUGCCCUAAUGAGGAGCAGGUAGUAGCUGGAAUGAGGGUGGCCAAGUAUCUUGGCCAAACACCGACCGUUGGGCUGCAAUACUCGGCGGCGGCACAAAGGCGCCAAAAGGGCGCGGAUGGUGUUGAACCCGGGCGUUUGUUCCUCACCGCCUACUCGGAUGCUUAA